AUAAAAGCUAUCCGUCAGACCCAGCAGUCACUGUUCACCAUGAAGGCAACAGCACUGCUUCUGUGUGGUCUGGCACUGGCCUGCGCUACCCAGCAAGGCAACCAGAACCUCAAUGACAAGCAACAGAACUUACUGAAGCUUUUCGUGAAUGUUCAGCAGCCCAACUACAACCAGGAGCAACAGCAGAUCGGCAACAACUUCAACUUCAACCCCAAAAAAUUCAACAACAACUAUGCCGUGAAGCAAUUCCAGAGCGCAUACCAGCAAGGUCUGCUGCCUCGUGGACAAGUGUUCAACUACAACAACCCCAACCAGCUCCAACAGGCCAUCCAGCUGUUUGAUGUGUUCUACUUUGCCAAGGACUUUGACACCUUCUAUCAGGCCGCUUGCUGGGCCCGCGACCGCGUCAACGAGGGGCAGUUUGUGUACGCUCUGAGCGUCGCCAUCGUCAAGCGUCAAGACACCCAGAACAUUCCUCUGCCUCCCCAGUCCGAGGUCUACCCCAACCUGUACGUCAACGCUCAGGCCAUCCAACAGGCCCAGAACAACAAGCAGCAAGGCCAGAAGCAAGCUGUCGUCCAGUCCAACAACACCAACAACUACGUCCAGAACCAGCAGCAGAAGCAAAAACAGCAGCAGCAGCAGCAACAACAACAGCAGCAAGGAAACCAGAACCAGUACCAGCAGCUGUUCAACAACCAGUACCAGAACAACCAGAACUAUGACAACGAGAACCAGGCCAACCAGUACCAGAACCAACAACAGAACAACCAGGAAGGUCGUGUCGCUUACUUCAGCGAGGACAUUAACCUGAACCAGCAGUUCGCCAACCAGCAGAUCUACAACCCCAACUGGUUCAACCAGCAAAAGUACAACCAGAAGAGCCAAAAUGCCAACCAAGGCGAGAACUUCUACUACUACCUGCAGCAGGUUCUGGCUCGUUACAACCUGGAGAGGUACGCCAACAACUUGCCCAAAGUGCAGCCCUUCCAGUUCAACAAGAAUGUUCAGCCCGGCUACAACCCCCAGCUGCAGUACCACAACGGUCAGGCCGUGCCCGUCCGUCCCAAUUACGUCAACAUCAACAACGCCAACAACAACUACCUGCAGCAACUGCAGAACAUUGACAGACGCAUCGCUGACGCUGUCGACAGCCAACAAGUCAAGAACAACCAGGGAGGCAAGCAGGCUCUAAAUGCUGAGAAUGGAGUUGCUGUUCUGGGUAACAUUGUGCAAGCCAACGAGAACUCAGUCAACAACCAGUACUACGCAGCCAACAACGGCCUCUAUGGCUACUUCGACGUCUUCAGGAAGGUGGUUGGAAGCAUUGUUGACCCCAACAACAAAUACCAGGCUGCUCCCGGAGCUAUUGAGACCAACUCCGCUGCCCUGAGGGACCCCGUCUUCUACCAGAUCAUUGCCCGCGUUGUCAACUACUUCCAGAACUUCAAGAACCAACUGCAGUCCUACAAGCAGGAGCAACUGAACUUCCAGGGAGUCGAGGUUCAGGCUGUGAACGUGGACAAGCUGGUCACUUACUUUGACAACAACGAGGUGGACUUGUACAACGCCAUCAACUACCAGCAGGGAGAGCAGGCCGAGAACUACCAGUACAAGGCCCAGCAACAGCAGCUCAACAACAAGCCCUUCAACUACCAGAUCCAGGUCAACAGCCAGCAGGAAGCCGACGCCAUCGUGCGAGUCUUCAUCGGACCCCAAUACGACGCUCAGGGCAACCAGUACACUCUGGAGCAGGCAAAGCAGAACUUUGUUGAGAUCGACCGCUUUGUCACUAACUUGAAGAGUGGCCAGAACCAGAUCCAGCGCAAUUCCCAGCAGUCCACCAGGUUCGUACAGCAGCAGCCCAACUCUCGCGCCAUCUUCCAGGGACAAGUCAACUACAACCAGACCCAACAACAGCAGCAGCAGUACACUCUGCCUCAGAACCUGAUCCUGCCCAAGGGCUCCCAGAACGGCCAGCAGUACGUGUUUGUGGUGGCUGUCAACCAGUACCAACCUAACAACAACCAGAACAACCAGUACAACAACCAGCCCAAUGACAACCGUCCCCAGGGCUUCCCCUUUGACCGUCAGGUCCAGCCUCAGAACUUCCAGCAGGCUAAGAACAUCUUCUUCCAGACUGUCACUGUCUACAACAAGAACAACAACAACCAAUACUGAACACUUGGAACAGUAACAAUGUAAAAUAUCUGUGAUCAUUCAAUUUCAAUGUAAUGCUUGAAAUUCAUAAUUUGUAAAUUUAAAACAGUUUUAUGUCAUCAGAAAUUUGCUUAAUAUUUAAGCGUGAACAAAUAAAUCUUACAAUUCAA